GGCGGAAAUGGCCGGUGCUGCCUGAAAAUCUUCUCGGGUGUGUGAUGAUGGCUCCGCUCUGACUGCUCCAGGGGUGAGCGGGUGAGUGGAUGCGGUGAUGUUUGUCCGGUGAGGCCACACGUCGCUCCGUGAUGAGCUGAAGCCGUGGCUCCGUGUCCCGCCUCGGCCCCGCAGACGGUGCGCCCCGCUCUUCCACAGUGUCCUGUGUUGCCAUGGCUCAGAGGAUGAGACUGAAGCUGAGGACGGUGUUUGUCCUGUACUUCCUGGUGUCUUUGCUGGGACUUGUGUACGCGCUCAUGCAGCUGGGUCAGCGGUGUGACUGCACUGAACACGACCUGCCGUAUGAGCGUACCAUCUCUCGCCUGCGGGGGGAGCUCCACAAGCUGCAGGAGGACAUCCACAAGAUUGAGAGCAGCCCCCAAGCCCAGAAACCCAAAUCCUCUUUGCCCACCAUCUAUGUCAUCACCCCCACCUACGCCAGGCUGGUGCAGAAAGCCGAGCUGACCCGUCUGUCCCAGAGUCUGCUUCAUGUCCCCGCUCUACACUGGAUCCUGGUGGAGGACGCUGCUCAGAAGACCACUCUGGUCUCCAACCUCCUGAGGAACAGUGGGCUGAGCUACACACACCUGCACAUGCCCACAGCGCCACAAAGGAAACUACACGAGGGAGACCCUAACUGGCUAAAGCCGCGUGGUGUGGAGCAGAGGAAUGAGGGUUUGCGCUGGCUCCGUGAGGACAGGAGAGCCUUACCAGGGGGCGUUAGUGAACAGGGAGUGGUCUACUUCGCCGAUGAUGACAACACCUACAGCCUGCAGCUGUUCCAGGAGAUGAGGAGCACUCAGAAGGUGUCGGUGUGGCCCGUGGGGUUGGUGGGAGCCAUGAAGUACGAGAGCCCCACAGUGAAGGCAGGAAAGGUGGUGGGCUUCCACACAGGCUGGAGACCCUCUCGGCCCUUCCCCAUAGACAUGGCGGGCUUUGCUGUGUCCCUGCGUCUGCUCCUGACGCACCCUGACACCUGCUUUGAUGGAGAUGCUCCACAGGGCUUCCUGGAGAGCAGCCUCCUCCAAGGCCUGGUGACCAUGGAUGAGCUAGAGCCCCGCGCCGACAACUGCACCAAGGUUCUUGUGUGGCACACACGCACAGAGAAGCCCAAACUGAAGAGAGAGGAGGCCCUGCAGGCUCAGGGGCUGGGCUCAGACCCUGCAGUGGAGGUCUGACCUGAACCACUUCCUCCUGCUGCUGAAGAGCUGGAGAACACCAUAGAAGAGCAGCUGUGUGAGCUGUUUAGUAUGGGUCAGUUCAUGGAUCACUGAUGGUACUAUACAUUAUCACAAGAACUGUUAAGAUAGCAAACACUGAAUGUGUCUAUGAGCGUUCAGCUUCUGAUUUCUCCUCUGCAGCUAAUGGACACGAUUGUGUUUUCAUGUAGAAUGUCAGGAUGGAUUCAUGUCAGACGGAGGGCAGGACUUUUUAAAGAGGGGGUAUUUCAUUUGACUUCUGUGGGGUAUUAACUGCGAACACAUAACAUUUUUAGAUUGCUCAUUUAGAUUACCUUUUGAAAAUGCUGUAGUCGCUGAAAAGAACAUUAAUAGGUUUCAUAAGUCACUCCCAAGAUCAGCAUGAAAUUACUGCUGCACAUCGCACCAGGUUUGUGAAGUUGUAGUAUACAGUUGUGUAUCAUGUUUUUGUAUACCGGUAUUUAUGGAGAAUUGUUGUGUGGUAGCUGCAUAGUACCCCCUCUUUAAAGAAAUGUCAAAUCAAAAGGACACAUUUUGAAUGUAAUCAUUAAAAAAGAAAAAAUAUUAACUUCAAGUUGGAUUAAAAUAUGCAAAAAUACAGAUGCGAGAGUUUUUGUUAAAAUGUCCAAGCUGCAGUGAACAAAAGGACUAUGUAUGUGUCAAAUGUGAACAUCCUGCCUACUGUAGUGUAUCUCUAGAGUGUGCCUCCAGGGGCCACUGCUCCUGCUCUGUGAGAGAGCACUAGUCUAGUCAGAACUCUGAAAUUCUCUCACAUAUAGUCUGCAUGUACACACAUACACACAUUACUUAGCAUACUUUAGGCGGCACAGUGGCUGAGUGGCUAGCACUCACGUUUCACAGCAAGAAAGUUCCGGGUUUAAUCCCUGGGUCGCCCGGACCUUUCUGUGUGGAGUUUGCAUGUUCUCCCUGUGUCUGCGUGGGUUUCUUGCGGGCGCUCUGGUUUCCCCCAUCAACCCAAAACAUGCACCAUAGACAAAAUGCUCGAGCUAAGGUCCUGACCAAGCAGAGAGCACACUGCUUCUGAAAGGAUGACCGAAAUGCAGAGAUCAAUUUCCCUACAGCAGAUGUCGUGAGCCUGUAGCUUGGGAGCUACCAGUAGCUCUCCACUCUCUUCCAAGUAGCUCGCCAAAGGAUUUAUGAAUUAUAUACACUGUGCUUAAGAAGAAAAAAAUUAUGAAUUAAAUGCCUAUUAACAUUGUAAAUGUGUAAUUUUGAUGCCUAACUCUGUGCAAUGAUAAAUUAAUAAUGGCUUAUGUAGGCAUCGAACUGUACAAAUCUAAGGCUCUUUUAUUUACGCAAUUUCUUGCGGAUGCUAAAAUGAGUAGCAUAUUUUUUUGAUAAAGUAGCUCACCAAAGGAAAAAGGUUGGAGACCCCUGCCCUACAGGGAUAAUAAAAAGUACAAAAAAAAUACAUAAAUACAUACAGGCGUACACACGUACACAUGUGUAACUGAUGUUAUGCUCCUCUGAAUGUUCUCCAGCUCAUGACAUCUACAGUCACUGUGCUGAAGACGACACAGAGUGACUCUUAGUAUUUUAGAUCUUCUGGUUGUGUUUGGUGUUCCAUCAAAGUGUUACAAGCUUUGAGCUCCACACAACUUGUCUGAUGUUACUUUAUGGAAAGUUCUGCAUUUUUUGUACUCUUCAAAUAUCCAAGAGCUUUUUAUUUUAGUCCAGUAUGAAGAGAGAGCACUGGUGAAACAAUACAAAUCAUUGAAGUGUAGGUACCGAGCAUUAAAAAAACAAUUUUGGCAACACUCUGAGCAUCAAGAGCAAACAGAAUCCCAAAAGCAGCACAGGCGCCAGUCUGAAGGCUGCAUCUCCACCGCACAACUGACUGAGUUUAGUUAGUUUCGUUAGUUUUCAGUUGGCACACAAACAUAAGACUGGUGUCAAGUGACAAAUCAUUUCGAGGUCAUGGGCCAAAUAGACAGUUCUCAUAAAAAGUGUCAAGCACUCUACUGUAAUGACAGUGUUAAAAGAACAUUAAACAUUAUUUUCUAGCUCCAUGGAGGCAAGAAGAUCAGAUCAGGUCAGGUCAGAUCUGUGGAAAGUUGAGCCCACUCACAGUAAACCGACAUGUUUUUAAAUACAUAAAAUACAAUGUUAAUUUGUCUUCUGUAGCACAGUUCCUCCAGUUACUCUAAAUUACAAUCAAAUUACAAUAACAUGAUUCAUUCACUCAGUGUGCUAAUGGGUGAUGGAGACCUAUGACCACGCACAGACACGCACGCACACACGCACACACACACACGCAGGUACACACGCACACACGCACGCACACACGCACGCACACACACACACGCGCACACAUGCGCACACGCACACACACGCAGGCACACACACACACACACGCACACACACAAACGCACGCACAGGCGCACACACAUGCGCACACGCACACACACACGCACACACAAACACGCACAGGCACACACACGCAUACACACACACAGAAAGUUCUUCUCUCAAACAGUAAACACUCUGUUCCACCUUGUGAUGUCAUGUGGUAAUACAGGAAGUGCUCCACUGUGUUUUUAAACUCCACACAUUUUCACUAGAAGCAUUAGGAAAUUUUUAUUUCUGGAAGUUCCCAUUUCUGUUGAACAAAAGCUAAAACAUAGCUUUUAAUAUGAAAAUUGCCACUACAUGACAUCACAAGGUGGAACAGAGUAUUUUGAACCUUGGAGAUGUAGACAGACUCAUAAUAAAUUGUCAUUCAAACUUGUUUGAAUUGAAUGAAACAAAACACAUGCCCAGGUCUGUUCUUAAGGAGGUAACAUUCUAAUGCGACUUAAAGUUCACAAGUCCAUUUGCGUAAUAUCUUUCACCUUUAAUGUGUUUAUAUGCAACUGCCACGUGUGAUUUAUGUGAUUUGGUGCUUUUGUAAUUAAAGGAACCAGUUCAGAAAACUCCAUGAUUAUGAUUAUAUUAGUAUCUUCAUACGAGGUUAAUGGGCAGAGGCUGGUCACAUGACUGGAGCUGUGUGCAGAUUGGCUGUGAGUGCUUCCUGUUUUGUGGCUGCUCCGUCUGUUUCAUGUCUUAUUUAUAGAGGAUUUUGUAUUGUGUAAAGAUUUUUGUGUCAAAUGAGUUGAAUAAAUCUAAGCAUUGUGUUAAAAGCUCAAA